GCUCUUUUACACUGCUGCUCUCUCACAAGCACUCUCUUUAUCUCUGCCUUUUUUCUUGCUUCUUUAGUAUUGACCAGCAUGCAACUGGGCACAGAGUGUCCUAUACUAGUAAUAAGAGAUGAGCUCCUUUUGGCUUUCAAGGUGGAUUCCUUUUUUCUGGAAGCCGAUGUCAAAAAUGCAAGAUGACAUGACCAAACCACUCAUAUCAAAGGUAACCACUAGGAAUGGCGUUCAAUACCAGGGCACAGAUAUCAACAAAGAGAGACAAACCGAUUUCAGCUCAUCAAGCCAUGACGAGCAAACCAUACCGUCACCAUGGACCUUUUCCUGUUCACAGACCCACAAUUCCUCUGAUCUGACUGGAUUUCUGCUGAAAUACGUGUUCGUCACUAGCAACCUUCUCUUCUCUGGGCUGGGCCUGGCCACCUUAGUACUUGGGUUCUGGGGUCUUGUGAACAAGGAAUCCUUUGCUCAGGAGAAGCUGGAUGGCCUUGGCACUGAUCCCAUGCUGCUCUUUGUUUUUCUGGGCUUGCUGCUUUCACUGCUUUGUCUGACAGGCUGUGUGGGAGCACUGAGGGAGAACCACUGCCUGCUGCGUAUAUUCUCUUUAAUGCUGGUAAUUCUUGUAGCAGCCCAGGUCCUGGUGGCCAUUGUGGCCUAUAGCCUGCAGGGCUGGAUUACUGAGCUGCUGCGCUCAGCCAUGCUGACAGCCAUGACGCGCUACCAGGAUGACCUGGAUCUGAGGUUUAUUACAGAUGAGAUCCAGACUGGGCUGCAGUGCUGUGGGUUGGAUAACUAUCGAGACUGGGAAGUCAACCAGUACUUUAAUUGCUCAUCUCCAGGAAUGCAGGCAUGUGGCGUGCCUCCCUCAUGCUGUGUGGAUCCACUGGGGAACGGUACAGUGUGGAACUCACAGUGUGGCCUCAGGACACAGCAGCUAGAUGAGUUCUCAGCUCAGAGUGUGAUUUUCCUGGGGGGCUGUGUGGGCAGUAUUUCACGCUGGAUCAACCUACACUCUGAACUUAUUGGCAUAGUAACAGCUGUCCUGCUCGGCGUCCAGAUCCUCACACUGAUUAGCACUACACGCUUGUUGGACAGGAUCCAAUGUAACAAAGCACAUGCAUGGUGAUGAGAAACAUGAACUUAAUGAUGCAUGGAGAAACUUCUUUGGCACUGAGAAAUACAAGAUACAAAAGACUGGCAAGUUAGUUAUAUCACUAUGCUGUAUAUGACUUCCUAUUUAUCACAUUCUGUACAUGUUUUACUUCCUUCAAAGCAAACAGUUCAUAUAAUAAUUUUUUCCUCAUAACAUUUCCUAUCCUGCUUUAUUCAUUUUUACUUGUGGUUCAAUUAGAAAGGACAAAUCUUUCAUUCCAAAGGCUAUUGAAGGCUAUUAGUUGGUAGUGUGUCCCUGUUUUUUUUUUUCAGUUUCAUACAUUCAAUGUUAUUGAAAGAAAGGUACACAUACUUUUACAUGAAAAGUACAAAAUAAGAUUUAUUCAGUGCUCCAGUCAUUCCAGUGCUGCUAAUGAUUGUGGGUCUUACAUGUCCUCCAGAAGCAUUAUAAGGCCAGUAAACACAACACAACCAUAGCCCUCAACUGAUUUUAGACAAGACACAUAUGGCUACUUGAAGAUAUGAAAAUAAACAUUUACUUUGCAAAAUUAUUUCUGCUUAAUAAAAUUCAAUCAGGACUGUAACAUUCAAUAAUGAACUAUUUCUACUACUGGGAGAGCUGCUCUUUUAAGUAAGAGUGGCACAUGAAAGUCAGACUAUGAUAAUAAUGGUAAAAUACAAAGAAAUAUGGUGUUUAAAAUGUAGAACAUGACCAGAAACAUAUUUCCAUCACAGAUAUUUUGUUGUUGUUCAGAAUCUCAUUAUUUACUCAAAGCAAAUAAGUUCAAUUAGUUUGGUGUAAUGUUCAAAGAAACUGCACCAAAAAAAACUUUACUAUUUUUUGUACUUGUGAAUGUAGCCUACUGAAAGUAAAUAUUACAAUAACUUAUGUGUGUAAUGCUUAUUCACAUUUGAGGGUGAAAGUUUUUAAUUACCCUCAGACUGUAUACACACAACAAUUGUGAACUUACCAAGGCAACGCUUUAUAUAAAUUGACUGGAGUUUAAGAAAAGAUGAUAAAAGUAAGAAUAAGAGCUGAAUAAAUCCUGUAGAGCUAAAGUUUAGAAUCAGUUAGUGCAGUAAACCUACUAUGAAUAAAUAUUUAAAUAUAGUGCUUACUUGAGUGAACUCCUCAGGUGUUCUUUGGAAAAUUAAGCGUCUUUGGCAUGUUCUACAUGGAACCCUAUCUGAUAGGGAAACACUGUACGAUUCUACAAAGAAGCUUUAAGGGUUUCCCUAGAUGGACAAAUCUUUAGGCUUCUAGAGUUUUAUAGAGUGUACUAUAUGGUUAUCUACCCUGAC